GCUGUGGGUUGGGCAGGGCGAUGGGCACAGCUGUGCCACCCCCACGGAGGGCGCCCCGAAGGCCGCAUAGCCCCAAGUGCAGGGGCCUGGCUCCCAGGGCGGGUGGGGGCGCUGGCCCUGUCCAAGCCAUGACCCUGGUCCGCCCAGGCCCCCCGCGCAGUGUGCGGGGACCAAGCCGGGCAGCGGGCUGUGAGGGGCGCUGGCGGGCCCGGCGCCGCCCCCGCGGGCUCCACGCGUCCUCUGGCAGGACGCGAAGGGCAGCCCGGCCGCUCCCAGGAGCCCGCGCGCGAGGGGCGGGCCCUCGGACGUCAUCGGCGCGCGUCCAGGGGCCGGAAGCGCUGUCGCCGAGCCGCGUGGGGCAGGCGCUGGACCCCGGUGUCCGUGCACGCCGGUGGCCGUGUACCCCGAGCGCCCUUCCUGGGGACCCUUGGGCCGCGUGCGCACGGCUCCCUGCGUCCUGCAUCCCUCACGGAGCUCAGCCCCGCUUGGGGUAGCUUACAGGCCCUUGACUGCCCCGGCUAAGAACCUCUUCUUGGAGAAGGCUGAGGUGGGUCCCACCAUGAGCUUCGUGUCCUACGAGGAACUCAUCAAGGAGGGUGACACGGCCAUCCUGUCGCUGGGCCACGGUGCGAUGGUGGCGGUGCGCGUCCAGCGAGGGGCGCAGACGCAGACCCGGCACGGCGUCCUGCGGCACUCGGUGGACCUCAUCGGCCGCCCCUUCGGCUCCAAGGUGACGUGCGGCCGCGGGGGCUGGGUGUACGUGCUGCACCCCACGCCCGAGCUGUGGACGCUGAACCUGCCGCACCGCACGCAGAUUCUCUACUCCACCGACAUCGCCCUGCUGACCAUGAUGCUGGAGCUGCGGCCUGGCUCUGUGGUCUGCGAGUCCGGCACUGGCAGCGGUUCUGUGUCCCACGCCAUCAUCCGCACAGUAGCGCCCACUGGCCACCUGCACACAGUAGAGUUCCACCAGCAGCGGGCAGAGAAGGCCCGCCAGGAGUUCCAGGAGCACCGUGUGGGCCGCUGGGUAACCGUGCACACACAAGAUGUGUGCCGCAGUGGCUUCGGCGUGAGCCACGUGGCCGACGCCGUCUUCCUGGACAUCCCGUCGCCCUGGGAGGCCGUGGGCCACGCCUGGGACGCCCUCAAGGUCGAAGGUGGGCGCUUCUGCUCCUUCUCGCCGUGCAUAGAGCAGGUGCAGCGCACAUGCCAGGCCCUGGCAGCCCGCGGCUUCACGGAGCUCAGCACCCUGGAGGUGCUGCCACAGCUGUACAAUGUGCGUACAGUCAGCCUGCCCCUGCCGGACCUGGGGGCCGGCAAUGGGCCCCCCGCUGGCUCCGAGGCCAGCCCCUUCCGCAGCGGCACACCCAUGAAGGAAGCCGUGGGCCACACCGGCUACCUAACCUUCGCCACCAAGAGCCCCGGCUAGUGGUCUGCAGAUGAGCCCGGAUGCUGAGAGAACCACUGGGCCUACAGGAGGCCGAGGCUGCCUUGUAUGGUAGCGGACAUCUGUCUGGCCUGUUUUGGGAACAGCCGGUGGGGUGGGGCUUGUGGCCUCCUGGGUGACUAAAGAGGGGGGCGGAGGGGGAGGGAGGCUUCCAACCACACCCCAUUCCCGUCAGGCCCCGUGAUUGCUACUGCGUUGCCAAAUGAAGUCUCUGCUUGUC